AUGGCUUCCUCCUUUCACCCUACGGCAGCGUCGCAUGCCUUUUUGAGCCAGAAUGAUUCGACUUCUUUGGUCGUCACCGCUAUCGUGUUCAUCGUUCUCGAAACUAUAUUCUAUGGUCUCAGAACACUGUCACGAUACUACCAGAAGAUCCCAUUCGGUUGGGAAGAUGCUUUAAUGCUGUUAGGCUGGGUGACCUGUCUAACGUUAGCCGCCGAUGGUUUGUAUACAGAAGCGUCAGAUCAUGAAUCCCGUACUGAUUGCAUCUUAGGAAUUGUCUCGGUCCGUUUUGGCACCGGCCAGCGUUUUCUCAAAGUGAUCCAAGAGCAUCCUGAGAAGAUCCCCUUGUGGGGACGAAACAAUCUCUACGCCAUCCCAAUGAUAUACUGUUUUGCAGUCAACCUACCCAAGAUGUCCGUUUUGGGACUCUACCUAGGCAUCUUCCUCGACAAGUGGUCCAGAUGGACGUGCUGGAUCCUCCUUUUCGUCUGCGGCGCGAGCGGGAUCGUGAAUUUCUUCACGGUAGCCUUCCAGUGCAACACGCCCGAAGCGAUCUGGAGCCCCUUGCUCCCAGGAGGUCGCUGUGAUAACGUCGAUGCACAUAUCACGUACUCGGCCAUUGUCAACAUCCUCACCGAUCUCGUCAUGAUCAUCCUGCCCAUCUCGCUCGUGAAGAAGCUGCAGGUGACGAAGAAGGUGAAGAUCGGGAUCGCUCUCACCUUCCUCUCCGCCAGCAUGUUCGUUCUCCUCUCUCCAAUCGUCACAUAUAUAUCCCAUGCUAAUUGUGCGUUUAGAGGAUUGAUCACCGCCAUCGCGCGCUUCAUCCAGUUCAUCAAGAACCCCAUCGCCGAGGACCCCACCUACCAAGGCGCCAAACUCAUCAUCUGGAUCGUCGUCGAGAGCGGCAUGUAUCUGAUCUCGGGCUGUCUUUUAUCUUGCAGACCGGUGCUGAACAAGAUCAUGUCCAGCGAUGCGGUCUCGACGAUUUUCAGCACGAAUCGCAGUGCGUCGGGACGUGGCACCAAGGCUACCACUGGGGGUACCAGUGGUAUCUCUGGACAUCAGGGUAAAACUGGUAAUACGACGGAGGGCCCCAAGGCGAGGAUGGAUGAGGAGAGUGUGGAAGGUGGGUAUUAUAGGUUAGAACCUACGAAACCGGAUAAGAUCUAUGUGAAGAAGCAGUUUUCUAUUGUCUAG